GCGGUAAACAGUACUUCAGGCGUGAUAGAAUACGGGAGAAAAGUUUAACCGAUAUCUAAUCUCUCCGAGCUGAUUAAAUUUGCACGGUAUAUAAAUCACAACACCGACGGAUGUGGCAUCAAGUUCCUCCGAGGUUCAACGGCGAACGGUUCAACAGACCCAAGAUGAAAUUCGCAGUGGUAGCUUUGGCCAUUCUGGCGGUGGCCAGUCCCCUGAAUGCCUACAAGAUCCCAGCCACGGGCUCAGGAGAGCUCGCCAAGGAUGUGCAAGAUAUCCUGGACCUGAUCCCAUUGGACAAGGUUGUCAGCGUCGUCAGAGCGUACAUCGCCCAAGACAAACAGGUCCAGGCGCUGCUGAAGAUCGCGACAUCGGCCGAUUCGGUGGCAUACAUCAAGGAACUCGAAUCUUACCCGGAGUUCAGGGAGAUUGCGGACUUUGUACAAAAACGUGGCCUUGAUAUCUACCUUUGCAUAAACGAACUGAACAAGUCCCUGAAUCUGGGCCCCUUCGUGGCGUACACCAGCUACAAGAUCACUGGUGGAAUCGCCGGUCUCAAGAAAGACCUGCUCGAUCUGCUGCCAGCGGAGGAGAUACUGCGUGUGGCCCAAGAUAAAAUGGAGAACUCCAAAGUAGUGAAGGAACUCAUCGAAGAGGUAACUUCGCCCAAAUACAAAGCACUGUACAACUUAAUGGUCAACAGCAGCAACGUAAGGAAGCUGCUUUCGGCGUCCGAAAGAGCCGGUAUCGCACGAGAAGAUUUCCAGGUGGGAUACAUGGUUGUUCUUACUGCCCACGUCAUUCGCAGCCUCCACUAAACGCUGAGAACAUUCUGAGAUUGUUGUCAUGAUGCUCCGAAUAUGAUUUGCUCGUACGAAACUGUUGUUUGAAUCUUUAAAGUUGUUAUUAUCAUAGAGAAAUAAAUAUUUAUUGCGCAAUA